AUGUCAUCCACAACAUCGGCAACAAUUGCAACUUCGCCAUGUCUUGGAGAACUUUUGAAAACAGUAGCGGUCCUAAAAUUUAAAUCGUCCCACAUCAAAUCAAUAAUCCAGGAUAAUUGUAAAGUCCAACAGGGCGACACACCUCCAUUCAAAGUUGAUGAUCUAUAUGAAGAAUACUUGUCAUUGAUCAAAUUGAUGCGAUGCACAAAAUUGCAAAUCCAACAGCAUAAUACCUUGCCGCUACCGCCCCUCGAAGCCACACGUGACAACAAGGAUGAUAAAGACAAAGAAGAAGGGGACGACAACGACAACGACAACAACAACAACAAGGUUGAGGAUUCUGAAGUGACAAUGAUGCGACUCUUGGCCCGCAAAGAUACUCUAAGCAGGCAUCUCUCCAUACUCAGCACUAUUGUCAAUAACGCCUACCCCAGUACAUCAAGUUCUUGGAAAAAGAUCAAAGAUGUGUCACAGGUGGAUGUGGCUGCAUACGAAGCUGAGUAUCAGAAAGUCAAUGAUGAAAUCGAUGCGCUAUUGCUCAAGAUUCAGAAAUUGAAUUAA